UCGUGCGGUGGCUUAUUGAUGUCAUGCUGACGUCACAUAGUGAUUAGAUAUGAGUCUGAAGUGAGAUGGUGAAAGGAUCCCGACCACCAAGGAAUACCCUGAUCAGGUUGAGAGGUGAAAGACAGAAUAUCUUUAUAGAAUCAAGUCCAGCGGAUCCAAGUGACAGAGAUGUAAAGCCGCCACUAGCUCGAUUCUUAUUCGACAAGAAUAACAAGGCUGUUGCAUUAUGCUAUGCAAAUGGAACAAUUGAACCAAUCAACAGGAAUCCUCAGCCAGCAUCACCGGGACUUCAACAAACGUCAAAUCUACCACCCUCAACUUCACGAUCUCGAUCCACCACCGCGACCUCAACCACCAGCUCAACAACCGCGACCUCAACAGCAGGUACCUUCUCUUUGGCAGCCUCAAAUACAAAACCUGCAUCAACAACCUAAUUAUGGGCUACGUUCACCACAAAACCUGCAACAUCAUGAAGCUCUUUAUGGGUUUCCUAUACAACAAAACCUGCAACAUCAACAAACUCAUAAUGAGCAAUCUUCA